AUGAAGGCCGAAAAUAAUCCGACUGAUUGCCACCAUGUACGAGUGCGGACAUCUGACAAAUAUCGCAUGGUGUACUCCGACUAUCAACGGCUUGAACUUGAAAAAGAGUUCUGUACGAGUACGUUUGUGACGUCCGAACGUAAAGCCGAGCUUUCCACGAUGUUGAACCUCACCGAGCGUCAAAUAAAGAUCUGGUUCCAAAAUCGGCGUGCCAAGGAUCGUCGUGAUAAGCACAAGAAAUCCUAG